CUCCUUCAACCAGGGAAGGAGGUUGGGCUGGGGAACAAUAUAAAGGGCACCCUGGCCCCUGUUCAGCUCAGAACUCCACUAGAGGCCUCUGCAGCCAUCUCCACUGUGAGUCUGGUUGAUCUAAAGCAGCUUCCAGGAUGUCCCAGCAACACACUCUGCCAGUGACCCUGCCUCCUGCCCUCAAUCAGGAACCCCUCAAGCCUGUUUCUUCUCCCAUCGAUACCCAGCAGGAGCAAGUGAAGCAACCAACUUCACUACCGGCCCUGUGCCAGAAGGUGCCCUCCAAGCUCCUGGGGGAGGUCCCUCUGGAGCAUGGGGAGAAACACACAACUCUUGUGAAGGAGGUUCCCGAGCAACAAUGUGAGCCACAGCAGCAGGAACAGCAUCUGGAACAGCAGCAACAGCAGCAGCAACAAGAAUCACAGGAGCAGGAACUGUGCCUGGAACAGCAUCUGGAACAGCAGCAGCAGGAGCUACAGGAGCAGGAACAGCAUCUGGAACAGCAGCAGCAAGAGUCACAGGAGCAGGAACUGCAUCUGGAACAGCAGCAGCAGGAGCGACAGGAGCAGGAACUGCACUUGGGACAGCAUCUGGAACAGCAGAAGGAGGAGCCAAAGGAGCAGAAAAUACAGCAGCAGCAGCAAGAGGAACAGUGUGAGGAACAUCAGGAAGCAAAAAAUCUGGAGCAGCAGCUGGAGCAGGUGAAAGCACAAAGGGAGCAGCAGCAAAAGGAACAGCUGGAACAGGAAAAGAAGCUCUUGGACCAGCAACUGGAUCAAGAGCUAGCAAAGAGAAAUGAGCAAUUGGAAAAGAAAGAAGAGCAGCUGCUGGAACAGCAGGAGCAGCCGCUGGAACAGCAGGAGCAGCCACCAGAGCCAGCAGAGCAGCAGGAGGGGCAGGUGGAGUGGCCUGCAUUUGUCCCAGUUCCUGGCCAGGUCCAAGAGACCCAGCCAGUUCAGUCACCGAAGGGAGAAGUCUUACCCCUCACAGAGCAGCAACAGCAGAAGAAGGAUCUGUAUGGCCCCCCAAAACAUAAGUAAGCACCCCCAGUAUUCCAGAGGCUCUCAGGCCAUCCCACACAAGUGAAGAGAGAGCCAGUGGCCUCACUAAUUUUAGGUCCCCAGCCUGGGUGGCCUGCCUCAUCUGUGAACCUGCCUGACCCUGUCCUUCUGUUUCUUUGAUGGGGCUGGGGGAAGGGGAAGUUAUUGUUCAGCAACCACCCCUAAUGAACUCGGCCCCAACCUCAGGUGGCCAAAUCCUCUGCCUAAGGAGACAGUUACCAUACUAACUCUGACUUCAUCCCCAGUAUUAUAGUUGAAUC